UGAUUCUCGCCUCCACCUUUCGCAAAAUUAAAGACAUCCAAGAUGGCGUGCAUUCUAAAUUGGGAAGAUGCGCGUGCCCAGCUGAAGAAGAUGAGAGACGAAAAUAUCCGAGACAGCGCCGAGGUGGUGGAUCUCUGGGAUCGCGUCUUGUUCGACUUUAGUUACAAAUUAGGAGAUGAAAUUUGGAUUGUCUAUGAGCAAGUCUGUAUUGCAGCGAUGGACACUGCGAAUUUCGAAGUUGCUGAUUAUUGUCUGGAAGCCUUACAGAACCAAUUCCCAAACAGUUUACGAAUAAGAAAAUUAAUUGGAAUGAAACUGGAGGCAUUAGACAGAUAUGACGAGGCGGUGUUACGAUAUAAAGCAGUAUUAGAGGAAGACGAGACUAAUUCAGUUGUGAGAAAACGUAUCAUUGCCGUGUUAAAAGCUCAAAAUAAAAUACCAGAAGCAAUAAAGGAACUGAAUAAAUAUCUAGAACUCUACAUGGCAGACUACGAGGGGUGGAUGGAGCUGUGUGACCUCUACCUGGCUGAGAUGGAUUAUGCUAAGGCUUCGUUCUGCCUGGAGGAGUUGAUCCUAUCAAAUGCCCAUAAUCAUCUUUAUCAUCAGAAAUACGCUGAGAUCAAGUACACCCAAGGUGGUGCAGAUAAUAUGGGUCUAGCACAGACAUACUUCUCGCAAGCAGCCAAGUUAAACCCGAAUAAUAUGAGAGCUUUGUUUGGACUCUUUAUGGCGGCUACAAAUCUUGCAACAACAUCUAAAAAUUCCCGAACAAGAAAAGACAGCAUUAAAUACGCUGCUUGGGCAGCAGAACAGAUUUCAGCAAAAUACCAGGGUCGACUGCCAGAAGAACAGACACAGCAGGUGAAUGCCUUAGAGAGUAUGCUGACCUCACUGCAGAUUACACAGACUGGGUCAGGUUAGCCAACUUGAUGAGGAUGGCUGUGGUAUGCUGACCUCACUGCAGAUUAUAUAGACUGGGUCAGGUUAGCCAACUUGAUGAGGAUGGCUGUGGUAUGCUGACCUCACUGCAGAUUAUAUAGACUGGGUCAGGUUAGCCAACUUGAUGAGGAUGGCUGUGGUAUGCUGACCUCACUGCAGAUUAUAUAGACUGGGUCAGGUUAGCCAACUUGAUGAGGAUGGCUGUGGUAUGCUGACCUCACUGCAGAUUAUAUAGACUGGGUCAGGUUAGCCAACUUGAUGAGGAUGGCUGUGGUUGGCCACAUUGUUUGAGGAUCAUUAUGGUUGGCCAGCUUUGGACACAUUCCUGUUACCAGCUAGCUGAGAGUUCUCAAGUGAACUUGAGGUUGACUGAUUUGAUGAGAAACAUUCUGGUUGGUUGUCCAAUCUGAUGAGGAUACUGCCAGGUUCUUGUGGCUAUUUCUAUGUAGGCCAUCAUAUCAUGUUGAUAAUGGGAGGGGUAGGAUAUUAUUAUCUUCUUGAUGAAGGCCAACUUUGCCAUUCUCAUUUUGGAUUUUGGUCAUCACUUGUGCGAUCCUUCAUAAGUGUUUUCACAUAGUAUGUGUAUUCAUUAUGCAUUUUAAAUAAAUUACGUCUAGCUAUUGUU